GUAGGCAUCUUUUUCCUCAAAAAUCACUUUAGAUCCACGGAAACGUCAAUCAUUGCUAAACAACGUCAAUCAGAAAAUCAUCAUCAGAUCAUAGUUUGAAUUAUCUGGUUCCUUUGCGGGUGCCCAUUCAUCAUCCAUCCACCAUCUACGAUUUGUUUGCAUUUGUAGCUCGAAGGCAAGAUUGUGGGCUGUGGUUGUACGUGGCGAUCACUUUCUGUGGCGUGGCCCGCUCGCUCGGAAGGAAGGAGAUGCGUUUUCGAAGGCAGGUGAUGGAAUUUUGGCUUUUGCAUGCUAGAAGCUUUACUUUAUUCCUGGUACACGAUUGGUGGGAUGGUACACAGAAGCAUACUACAUGUACCAUGCUUGAUCCACCGGGCUAACUCGAUACAAAACUAGGCCAAUGAUUUUGUUGAAUGAUUGGAUUACAAUUAAAGCUGGAAACCACCAACGUUAAGAAAUGUCAUCUCAUCACGUGAACGAUCAGAGAUAGAAAAACUUUCUAUCACCCCCGCUCCAGGACGGUUGCAUUCCCGAGACAAUCCGGGACAUGGUCCAAACGCUCUCCGAGAAAUUCCGACCUUUCUAGCGCAGGUUGUCAGCUGCCGCUGCUGCCGAGAGAUCCUAUCUAUCCUCCGAGCUGCUGCAUAUGGUUCGGAAAAGUCUCUACUACACAGGCGAUCCUCUCACUCUGAUAAGUGGCAGAUCCGCUCGUCUAGAUUCCCCACCUGAUGGCUCACGCACAAGUGUAGGAUCAAUCAGUCUCUCGCUCGCCCUCAGAGAGAGGAUUUCCCAGCCAGCUAUAACAGGACAUCUUCGCUCACUUGCCAGUGCUGCGGAUGGGACACAAAAGUCAUUCUGUCCUGGCAAUGGAGCUCCGAAAGAACCACAGAGAGGACCGGACUCCAGAGUCCAGUCCACUCACUGCUACACUGCGGAAGGAGAUCGAUCAAUAAGAAGAAAGAAGAGACGGGGUGCACGAACUCAGUCACAGAAAGAAAGCGAGAGCUCGAGAGCAGGCCAGGCCAGGCCAGUACACAACAGAACAGAGUGCACAAGGGGGGGAUGGUGGUAGAGAGAAGGGCGAGGGCGAGAAGAUUCGCAAGGGGCGGGACGGGGCGGGGCCUUGCGAGGGGCUGCUGGGGUUGGUGUCAGAGUUAUUCGCCUGCUGAACUAGAGUAGGACUGAUUCUCGAGUGAAGGGGAGGGGAGGGGAGGGAAGGGGAGAGAGAGAGAGAGAGAGGGAGAGGAGUCCUGGAAAGUUCGGCCGUUGUAAUCGAGAGUAGUCGAGAUCACAUGGCAGAUCAUGGAUACUUGCAUGGAAGGGAGCGAGAAAGAGCACUUUAUUCCGUCCACAUGUCAGUCAGGUGGGCGAAGAAGAACAAACCAAACUCACUUCAGUGUCACGAUGGUGCACUGUGCCAAAAUUUCCUUUCUAAAGCGAGAAGAGCCAUGUUGUCAAUGGGGGGGUGGGGCUGGCCGGGCUGGGCUGCUGGGCUCUCGGCCUGGCCUGGCGUGGCCUUGGCUUGGCCUGGUCGCUGGCUGCAUCUACUUAUCUGCUAGAAGCUCUGGUCCCUUGUCUUCAUCUGCCAUAGCCGAGCUCCAGUGACCAAUUGGUGUACAGUGCUGUGAGCGGGCGGACGGCGCGGUGCUCGUGCAACAAUUGAUUCUAGCCUCCAUCGCAUCGAUGCGUCGUCGAAUCUCAUCACAUCUCACAUCACCCAUCGUUAUUAUUGGGCCCCCACAGAAACAAAUUCAUCAUCUCAUCA